UGCUCGUACCGCCUGCGGAACGCCCUGCAUCCGCUUUGGCAGAGCCCACUUACAAUUCCUGGGGGCAGUCGACAGUCUCCUAUCAACAUCCAGUGGAGGGACAGCGUCUAUGACCCCGUCCUGAAGCCUCUGAAGAUCAGUUAUGACCCAACAACGUGUCUUCACAUCUGGAACAACGGGUAUUCGUUCCUGGUGGAGUUUGAUGAUUCUGCUGAUAAAUCGAUCAUCGUUGGAGGUCCCUUGGAAAACCAGUACAGAUUGAAGCAGUUCCACUUCCACUGGGGAGCCAUCAACGAAUGGGGAUCAGAGCACACAGUUGACAGUAAAUUCUACCCAGCAGAGCUGCAUUUAGUACAUUGGAAUGCUGUGGUGUACCCAACUUUUGAAGAAGCUGUGAUGGAAGGUGAUGGCUUGGCUGUAAUUGGAGUCUUUUUAAAGCUAGGAGCACAUCACGAAGGGCUGCAGACGUUGGUGGAUGCCUUGCCAGCAAUUAAACACAAGGACACUGUUAUUGAGUUUGAUGUCUUCGACCCCUCCUGCCUGUUACCUCCAUGCCCUGAUUACUGGACAUAUGCAGGCUCUUUGACCACUCCCCCACUUACUGAGUCAGUCACGUGGAUUAUUAAGAAGCAGCCAAUAGAGGUUGAUGAGAAUCAGCUGGAGGCAUUUCGGAUGCUGCUCUUUACUUCAGAUGGUGAAGAAGAGAAGAGGAUGGUGGACAACUUUCGCCCUCUUCAGCCAUUAAUGAACAGAACUGUCCGCUCAUCCUUCCAGAGCAGGCAUCUCUUAGAUAUUGAAGCACAAUACUCGGACCACGCUCAGCAGAUCAGGCCAUAGAUGGCCCAUGGGAUGUCAGUCCAGACUGUAGUAACUGGGUUUACUUUACUCUGUAAUGAUUCCUCCUUUUUUGCAGGAUGUUUAUGCCGUGCAGUUUCACAGACAGCUAGUUUCAGUUCUGAGAGUCAGUUGAGCUUCAGUAGAGGGGCUGUGUGUAUUCUAAUAUUUUUAAUACAAACUCUUAACAAAUUGCUCUCUUUAAAGCAGGGAUCAGUAAGGAAUUAUUUUGAAAGUUAAAGGCAAAGUAAUGCAGGAGAUCUUUCCUCUUUCUGUCUUCUGAAUUGUUCUGUGUCUCUUCGUAGCUCCUCCAGUGAUUUGCUUAAAUUAAUAGUUCCAACAUGUUAACGAGCAGGAGGUGUGAAGAAGUGAAGUCUGUUAAGGUCCUCUGUGGAACUGCUUUGGAGGUUUGAGGCCAGAACUGUCUUCUGCAAUCACAUAUGCAGGGGUGUUUUAACUUUGUCCUUUUUUAAAGCAACAACAAAUGGUGCAUAGGAUGGUGAGGAGAAAAAGAAAAAAAUGCAUUGGCAGAGUGACCCAUGUUUAUAAUGGAUGACACAGUACAUCUGCCUUGUCUAUACUGCAAACCAGAAGACUUCCCAAAACCUUACAGGAAAUGUCCACAAAUCCCAUUCUACAAAUUCUGGUUUUGAUACUAAUGGAAUGGUAGAUGAGUGUGGACAAAACACAGCAGUCAGGUACUUGAUUUUUAUUUUUUUCAGCAAUUUCUAGAGCACCAGUGCAAUCUUCCCAAUGUUUUGUCUUGAGCUGGACUUCUAUUCUUGAGAGUUACCCACCCUCAUGGUUACUGGGGACCAUGUUGUUCUAUAUAGCACCUUAUGGUAACAGAGGCCAGCGGUGGUUGGAACUCAGUUGUGGACCAGACAAAAUUGUUUUAAGUUACCAGCUGUGGAGCCUUAUACUGAAGUUAGGGUCCAGUUGCCACAAACAGUGCCUACCUCUGAAGUAUGCUACUAGCCAUAACUUGCUCUAGUUGCACCUUUCUGACUGACUUUUUUUAUGCUUUGCUGUUCUUAACAGCGUGCAUAUGCAUGAACUCACGUAUAGAAUGUGUGAUCUCACUUUUUCUGGUGAGCAGUUCUGGUUGUAUACUCAUGAAACAAUCUUCAUAGAAUCAUAGAAUGGCUUGGGUUGGAAGAGACCUCAAGGAUCAUGAAGCUCUGACUCCCCUGCUGCAUGCAGGGCUGCCAGCCUCCAUAUCUAAUACCAGACCAGGCUGCCCAAUCUUGAUUGAUUGUAUUUCAUGUAUAUUUUUAGAGGAUGCAUUUCUUGAUCCUCUCCUGCCAUUAAGCAGUCAGCAGUUGCUGGUGUCAUUCAGGACUAAUGAUGCCAGGAGACCAACUUGUCAGUGACACAUUCACAUCUUUGGAAUCAAUACUUUCCCAUUCCAAGUGUUCACUUUAAAAGCACUUUAACACUUUUCAGCAUGUCUCUAAUGAUUUUAAACCUUUUGAAUAUUUUUGCUUAACCAAUUAAAUUCGUGCCUUUGCUUCCUCAAUAUCUCUACCUCAGACUUCUGUUACAUUUCAGCAGUUCUGCCUUUCUCUGCUAAUGUGGCUGCUUAAUAUUAGGGUGGCUACUCAGUAGAUCUAAGAAAAUCUCCAUCGGCUUCUGCUCCCUGUGUGUUGUAUAUGCACCUUUAUAAUAUGUUCCAAGUGGCAAUAUGUAUCUUCAGUUUCAUUCUCUCCCAAGCCCUUACAGCUCAGUAGAAUUAUACCAUGCGUGACUUUGCCAGAUUUUAUUAUAUUUCUACCCUGCUGAGCCACUUCAGUAAUGGUUUUGCCAGAGAAUGGCAGGUUCUGAAAAUCUUUUUGAAAGAGACGUCUGCAAGUCUGGCAGUAGGAAGAGAUUUCUUUUACUUUGUACCUGAGUGCACUCAAUCUUCAUUGUUGAAUUUGCUUUCAUUGUUAGCAAUUAGGAAAAACCCUGUAAUAGUCAUCGUAAUGCUGUCUUUGCAUUUAACAGUGCAGGUGACUCAGUGGAACUAAGCUAGAUAGAGCAGCCUGCAUCAACCAAAGUAUUUAAAACUGCUGCCUUAUGAAUGUGGAAAUGGAUAUGGCAAAAAGAACUGGAAUGGGCUCUGUGAGAUCAGGGAGAAGCCAACUGUUUGCUUUACUGAUGGAGGAAAAGUGUUAGGAUAACAGAGGGAACAACUUGGCUUAAUUUGGGUCAGUUUGAAUUACCAGCUGAAAAGAGCAAUGGGAAAUUAACCUGCUUACAAGGUUAAUGUAGUAUCUCUGAACUGUUACAUAAGCUCUGGUUAGGAAAUGUCAUCCUGUGGUUAUUAAAGUUCUUUAAAGCAAGCAAACUCUUGCUAUCGUAAGUGAAUGGGUCUUUAGAAAAGCUUUGUGCAAUUGCUCAGUGUUUUAGUUGCCUGCUUACCCCAAGGUUUUGUGCACCUCUGCUCCACCAAGCUUAUUUCACCAGCUAACAUCUCUUCCCUGGCAUAUGCAAAUACAAAAUACACAUCUUGUUCUUAAGGGGUUACCGUGGUGUUCAUGUUUUAUCUUCUACAUCGAGUAGCAUCUAAAUAUCCUGACAUAAAAUCUAUUUCAGUUUCAGUGCUAAGUUUUGUGUAUAUAUAUAAAAUGUGUGUAAACAGGGUCAGAAGAGGAAAAAAUGAAGUGGAGCGUGCUAAAACAAGUAAGCUUUAUAGGGAUUUGAUGUUACAGUUGUGCUGCUUUCAGGAUGCCUGCUACAUUUCCAUGUCAGUGUCUUAGCAUCUCUGGUUCCAAUGGACAGUAUUCCAGUUGCAGGGCAGGCUCUGGUUAAAAUUAACAGGCUGAAAAUGAAAGUGGGUCUCUUUGUUUGUCUUUUUUAGGGUUUUUUGUUGUAUUUUGUUGGGUUCUUGGCUAAUUUAGUUAACGUCUGUAACGACUUUGCACAACUGACCUAAACUGUAUUUGGAAGGUGUCUGCAUAGGAAUCCUUAGGCUCUUUUGGACGGUACAACAGAGAAGGGUCAGAACAGAUGUUUGUCCUUGAGCCUAAUUGCUUCUGUUAAUUAAUACUGUUCUGAGAGGCGUUCCUGUGGCAGUCAGCACUAGGAGUGAAAUGUUGUAGAGGAACUCAAUUUGAGGGCAGCUUAAUGAAGUGAGAGUAGAAGUUCUCGAGUGCAUAUUAUAAUACAUGUUGUGGCUAAUGGUAAUUUACUGAAAUGAUUGCCUUUGUGGACAACAUGCAUAACGAGAAGUGCCUUUUGUACUUGUAGCAUACAGACCUUUCUUUUCAGUUUUGAUGUAAAGAAACUUCUAGCUACUGUAUUUUUUUUAGCUGUUAAACUAGUGUGCAACCACGCAAUAAAAAAAGCACAGCAACCCG